AGGGUAUAUAUAGUAUGUUAAUGUUUUCAAGCAAAUUAUAAAGGAGUUGUACUCCAGUCUACUAGGUGGCGCUAAUGCAACAUUUAUUGGAUGCCAACCGCUUUAUCGAAGAAUAAUUAUUUGUAGUAGUCAACUUUUCUGUAGUUGGGGAUAGUAAUUUAACGUCGUUGCUUUGUGAAUAUUUACAAUUGUAGUUGGCGUAGCUACAUUACAUAGCUUAUAAUGUACUGAACUUUUCAGCAAAAAAAUAAUUACCCCAAGAGAAAGACGGCGUGGGUAUGAUCUGCAGGGACAGUGAGAGGCUGUGGCGGCCCCCCCAGUAGCUGUCACCACGGCGGGGGACAUCAAGACCUCCGUCUGCAGGGUGGUCAUCUACCUUCAGAGGGACAUGUCCGGGGACAGCUUCCAGCUCCCCCUGCACCGGCUAUGCCUCCAGACCCAGGCCAUCACCACGGGCUCCCAAGCCAUUAGACCUUCCCAUGAAGCCUCCCAGAUGGCGUGUCCCAAGUCCAAGACGUGCAGCUACAGAGCAGCGUUGGGCCUGGGUAACAAGUAUGUGCGCCUAAACGUAGGGGGGACCCUGUUCUACACCACGCUGCAGGUGCUCACUAGGCAGGACUCCAUGCUGAAGGCCAUGUUCAGUGGCAAGAAGGAGGUCUUCAUUGACCGAGAAGGCUGGAUCCUGAUAGAUCGCUGUGGGAAACACUUUGCCUCCAUCCUGACGUACCUGCGGGAGGAAGUGGUCACCUUGCCCCCUGGCAGACAGGGGGUUCUGGAGCUGCUGGCAGAGGCCAAGUAUUACCUGAUCCAGGGUCUGGUGGAGCUGUGCCAGGGAGGCCUGCAGGACCAGAAAGAGCAGUCUCUGUGUGUAAUCCCUGUGAUCACCUCUGCCAAGGAGGAGGUGAGACUGAUCCAGGCCUGCACCAAGCCUGUGGUGAAGCUGCUGUACAACCGAAGCAACAACAAGUACUCCUAUACGAGUAAUUCAGACGACAACCUGUUGAAGAACAUUGAGCUGUUUGACAAGCUGUCUCUGAGCUACAAUGGCCGUGUUCUCUUCAUCAAGGACGUGAUCGGCGACGAGAUCUGCUGCUGGUCGUUCUACGGACAGGGACGCAAACUGGCAGAGGUCUGCUGCACAUCCAUAGUCUACGCCACAGAGAAAAAACAGACCAAGGUAGAGUUCCCGGAGGCCAGGAUCUACGAGGAGACCCUGAACGCUCUGCUCUACGAGACACUUCCUGUCCCCGACGACACCUUAUUGGAGGCCACACGCCGUCGCCACGCCCACAGCCACGCUCACUGUGGUUCCCACAGCGAGGAGGAGGAAGGCCCCGCCCACUCGGGGGUGGACCUUAGGGAGCGCGUGCGUCACUCCCACGUCAAGAGGUACAGCACCUACGACGACCGGCCGCUGGGACACUAAGGAUCCGUUUCUACCAUUCGAAAUCCUCAACUCCCCCGUCUCCUGGUCAGUCACAUCUCAAGGAGAGCCUCCAAAAUAAAAAUGGAGUCCGAUGAUUCGUCAAAACUUCUUAUCAGCACCACCGGUUGCUUCUACUGCAGUUCUUGGUGAGAGUGAGUGUUGGUGCCCUAUUCCCCAUCCUAUGCCCAUAUGGCACUGGCCAAAAGUAGUGCAUUUAUGUAGGGGGAAAGGGGUGCAAGGGAGAGGAAACUGGCUCGUCGCUGGCUCUUCACUCAUACACUACACCCACCGUUGAGGUACUGUUGUUGGUGGCCACAAAUAUGGCCUUGGGGCACAAAAUGGCUGCCAUGCUGCAUCACCCUGGUGCCUGACGGACUUUUGUUGUCGAUGGACAACUGAUGAUUUUUUUUUUUUAAACGUUGAGAUGCUUACGCUCUUUCUCCUUUUUAAAAAAAACGUAUAUAGAACUCUCUUCUUCACAACACAAUCAAAUCUGUGUGUUCAAUCAAUCAAAAUGACGAUCUUCAUGUUAUACCUCGGGUCUAGAAUGGAACCGCUAAGAUAUAUAUUUCCCCACGUGAGCUUUUAUUCGGAUAAUUUAGUCUUUUAUUCGGCUAAUAUAGGCUGCAUUCUAUUUCCUGUAUUGUACACUGCUUUUGACCAGGGUCCAAAUGUAGUGCACUACCAAAUGUAGUGCACUACAGAGUAUAGAAGUAUGGGUAAAUACAGGCGACAAUAUUGAUAAGUCACCUAGUCCGAGAGAGAGCGGUACCUCAUCAUAACGGCACGCCAGGCUAAAUCUCUACAUGAAACACAGACCUUUUAUUUUUAAGCGCUUCCUAAAAAUCUAUGAGCAAAAAAUAAAACGGUGGAAAUACAAUUGGAACCAUUUCCCUGUUCGACCGCUAGGUUUUAUGGGUAUUGUGGGGAUCUAUAUAGGGAAUAGGGUGCCAUUUUUGAGACAGUCCUAUACUGUCAUCACUUCAGCAGCCAAUCACAUAUCAGAUAGGUCUCCAGAACACUAAUAGUUCACCACCGGACUGUUAGACACAGAUUCAUUUAUUAUACAGCUAUAGACCAUUUUUUUUUUUUUUGCCGUUGUGUGACGAGUUAUAGAUUCAAAAUCAGCUAUCAUAGCCCUAUUGCCUUCUGUGAAUAGACAGGGAAGACGGUGAAUGUUUUUUUAGUUGUUUUUUUUUAGAGAGUAUAUUUAUAGUUUUUCAGAUUUUCUCAUAUCACAUUUUGACAUAUAAUCAUGCCAAAGACUUUCAAUGAAAUUAACACGAGGGACACAUUCAGCGACGUCUAUGAAUCCUUCAUCUCGUUACCCAGAUACUUCGGCCCAAUGCUUUUGUGCAGUAUCCCCUGGUGGACGAGGUUAAUGAAUGGCAGAUCGUGCUUAUUGACAAUUUCAAUCAAGUAUUCACUCAAGACAUUUCCUCUUAACACUCUUUAAGAGCCUCUUGUGUUUUUAAUGCAGUUGAAUCUUUAUUCCUUUUAUUUUUUUCACUUGGUUUUUCGAAAAAUAAAAACGUUUUGAAUAAUAAUACUACAACAAAUAGCGCCGUCUUUGUGUAACAGUGUUAGGCUCUUAACUCUCAGAGUAAAUAAAACUCUACGACACUAUGAAAGCUUAA